ACCAGCACGGAGGCGGGGACGGCAUGCACCACCGAUGCCACCACCCGCACCCCGACGACAUCAAGCUGCACUUCCAGAGGGCCGGCCAGACAGGGGGCUUCCUGGAGGGGCUCUUCGGGUGCCUGAAGCCCGUGUGGAACAUCAUCGGCAAGACCUACUCCACGGAGUACAAGCUGCAGCAGCAAGACAUGUGGGAGGUUCCGUUCGAGGAGAUCUCGGAGCUGCAGUGGCUGGGCAGCGGGGCGCAGGGGGCCGUGUUCCUGGGCAAGUUCCGCUCCGAGGAGGUGGCCAUCAAGAAGGUCCGCGAGCAGAAGGAGACGGACAUCAAGCACCUGCGCAAACUCAAGCACCCCAACAUCAUCGCGUUCAAGGGGGUGUGCACCCAAGCCCCGUGCUACUGCAUCAUCAUGGAGUACUGUGCCCAGGGGCAGCUGUACGAGGUGCUGCGGGCGGGACGCAAGGUGACCCCGCGCAUGCUGGUGGACUGGGCGACCGGCAUCGCCAGCGGCAUGAACUACCUGCAUCUGCACAAGAUCAUCCACAGAGACCUCAAAUCACCAAAUGUGUUGGUCACGCACAAUGACGCGGUGAAAAUCUCCGACUUCGGGACCUCCAAAGAGCUCAGUGACAAGAGCACCAAGAUGUCCUUUGCGGGUACGGUGGCCUGGAUGGCCCCUGAGGUGAUCCGGAACGAGCCGGUGUCGGAGAAGGUGGACAUCUGGUCGUUCGGGGUGGUUCUCUGGGAGCUGCUGACGAAUGAGAUCCCGUAUAAGGACGUGGACUCGUCGGCCAUCAUCUGGGGCGUGGGCAGCAACAGCCUGCACCUGCCCGUGCCCUCCACCUGCCCCGACGGCUUCAAGAUCCUCAUGAAGCAGACCUGGCAGGGGAAGCCCAGGAACCGGCCCUCGUUCCGCCAGAUCCUGCUGCACCUGGACAUCGCCUCUGCCGACAUCCUGGGAGCCCCUCAGGAGACCUACUUCAAGUCUCAGGCGGAAUGGCGAGAGGAAGUGAAGAAGCACUUUGAGAAGAUCAAGAGCGAGGGCACCUGCAUCCACCGCCUGGACGAGGAGCUCAUCCGCCGCAGGAGAGACGAGCUCAGGCAUGCUCUGGACAUCCGAGAGCAUUAUGAGCGGAAGCUGGAGAGGGCCAAUAACCUCUACAUGGAGCUGAGCGCCAUCAUGCUACAGCUGGAGGUCCGCGAGAAGGAGCUCAUGAAGAGGGAGCAGGCGGUGGAGAAGAAGUACCCGGGCAGCUACAAGCGCCCGAUGGUGCGGCCCAUCGUCAGGCCCAACGCCGUCGAGAAGCUCAUCAAGAAGAAGGGCAGCGUGUCGCACAAGCCCGGCGCCCAGACGCCCAAGAGGCCUCCAGACCUGCUCCGGGCGGAUGGCAUCCCCAGUGUGGACCCCCUCCCCUCCCCAUCGCCCCUCUCCGGCAGCCCCAAGGUCUCCACGCCGCCCGGCAAGGCCCGCUACCGCAGCAAGCCGCGCCACCGGCGGGCCAACAGCAAGGGCAGCCACAACGACUUCCCCGGGGUCCUAAAGAGCAGCAGCACGGGGCUCAGCGGCGCGGCCAGCAGCGAGGAGCAGCAGCUCCUCCAGCAGCAGCAGACGCAGCAGCAGCAGCAGCAGCAGCAGCAGCAGCAGACGCCUCAGCUCUACCACCACCACCACCACCUCCAGCAGCCCCAGCAGCCGCACCUCCUCCUGCACCACCUCCCGACGCUGCCAGCAGAGGGCGCCCUGCUGCCGCAGAAGCGGCGGGAGAACGCGGUGGCCACCUGUGCCAACAACCUGCGCUACUUCGGCCCGGCGGCCGCGCUGCGCAGCCCGCAGACGGACCACUUCCAGCGCCUCGUGUCCGGCUCCAACCCCGACCUCAUCCCCACCGCCGGCACCGCUGACGACGCCGACUCCCGCCGCGCGGCCGGUAACCUCGGCGACGGUGUUCCGGACGCGGCGGCAGUGGCGGUGGCGAGCGGAGAGGACGGCACCGGCGGCGCUCCGAUGCCGUCCGCCGUCAUGGGCCUGGCCGUGUCCAACUCCUCCCUGAGCUCGGGGCCCGGCCCGCUGUGCCCCUGCUGCCAGGCGCACCCGUACCCGGACUGCCCGCACUGCCAGGAGGAGAACGUGCCGCCCAUGCCCGCCGCCAGCCACCCCGAGAUGCCCCACUACUCGCUGCUCAGCACCUGCGAGGGCAAGCCCCAGCCCGCCGCGCCCCGUCUCGGGGAGCCCGUGUCCGACGCGGAGAACCAGGGCCGGCAGGGGGACAGGGAGAGGGCAGAGCAGGGCGCCCCACGGAGCAGCCUCCCCCCUGGGGUCGUUCGCAUGCUCCGGCCCCUCAGGAAGACUGGGGAUGACUCAUCAGAAGAGGAGGAAGGGGAGGUGGACAGUGAGGUGGAGUUUCCACGGAGACAGAGGCCCCACCGCCACAUGAGCAGUUUCCAGUCGUACUCGACGUUCAGCUCGGAGAACCUGUCGGUGUCGGACGGCGAGGAGGGCAACACGAGCGACCGCUCCAACAGCGGGCCGCUGGAGCGGCUGAGCGGCAGCCAGGAGGAGCAGCUGGACGAGCUGCUGGCGCACACGCCCGAGAUCCCCAUCGACAUCUCCACGCAGUCCGACGGCCUCUCCGACAAGGAGUGCGCCGUGCGCCGCGUCAAGACCCAGAUCUCCCUGGGCAAGCUGUGCUCCGACGAACACAGCUACGAGAACCCGUUGCACUUUGGGGACUCCGACACCGACUCCGAUGCCGAGUGUUCCGACGCCACGAUCCGCAACCCCAAACCCUGCGCCCCCUCUUCCUGGUGAGGACCGGACCAACCUCGCAAACCCCGCCUCUGCACCGAGGGAAACCAUGGCAAUAACCAACCAGAUCGGCUGUAUGCAGCCACACCCUCAGCCGCCCACCCCCCCACCCCCCACUUCCCAAACUCGCUGACAACCCCUCCCCCUCCCACCUGCCCUCAAUACCCAGUCACCUUGGCAACCUAAAGCAGGGAUUCCUUCGAAUGACACUGUAGCAAAAUAUAUAGCAUUCAAAAUUUUUAUUUUUGUUUGAGGUCUCGAGGAAGUGAAAACAAAAUCAGGAACUCUGUAUAGAUGAAAUCAAAAUCGAACAAAGAAAAAAAAAACAAACAAACAAAAAAAAAGAACUUUGCAAUGUAGAUGAUGUGUGGAUGGAGCAAAUUUGCUAGAGCGGCCAGAUUUGGGACACUAGUGUUCGUGACCCGAGAGAGACGGGGCAUUUGUGUAGAAUAUGAAGCAAGCGUGUGUCUGUGUGUGCGCGUAUGUAUGUAUGCGUGUACUGUAUGAGAAUGUGUAUGUCUGUGUUGAGUCUUUGAGUUCUUGGGCAUAGCAGUAGAUCAGUGUAGUUGAAGACCAUUCCAUGAUGGGGGACCAGCUGUAGACUGUCCUUUCUGAAGGGACGGACCUGAUAAGCGUUCCUCCACCCUUGCCCCGCCCGUCCACACCUCCACCUCCACCCUUGCCCCGCCCGUCCACCUCCACCUAAUCUAGCCAGCCUCCUCUCUCUGGCUACGCAGAGCUACCUGUUUAAUCUUUAGGUUUACAGAAUCAACCCCCCCCCCCCCCCCUCCCCGAUACACACACACACAGGCAUAUAGCCCCCCCCAUCUAUCCCCUCCCCAGCCCUGUCUAUCGCCUCAGCAGGGGGAAUCAGGGAUGGUGUACCCCAAGUUUUUAAACACCAGCAUGAGACGUCCAUCCUCCUGUCUGUCCAUUCCCUCUCAUUCUCUCUCUCUCUCUCUCUCUCUCUCUCUCUCUCUCUCUCUUUCUCUCUCUCUUGCUCUUUCUUUCUCUCUCUCCGCCAACGUGCUUUUGUUCGAAUGGAUCUCUUCUCCCUCAAACCCAUCCGACCAUAGAAGCCCUCUCUCUCUCUUGCAUGGCCCCCUGCAAGCGUUCCACUAGUCACCGGGUUCGUCAUCACCGUUGUCGUGGACACCAGGACGAUGGAAUUCGGAGGCGUCCGCCCGCCCCCCCCCGCCCCGCCCCACUCCGCCGCCUCAGACAGGAUCAGGAAGUGGGCCGAUCACACAGGAAGCUGUUUGGAGGCAGUUGGAGGCCUGUUUGACAUCAGAAAUAAACACACACACACACACACACACAUACACACACACACACACACAUACACACACACACACACACACACACACGACUAUGCGCUGCUCUUGUCCUUCGCAUUGUUCCUUCAUCUCAGGAGUGUUGGAAACAGAAGAGGACCGAGAGACUUAAUGGACGAGCACCAGUAAGAACAAACGGAACCCGUUAAGGACUCCUCAUGUAAACCAGGUUCUAGUCUUCUGGGCAGACCUGUGUCUCUGCUCAUCUGUCUGGUUUAACACGGUUGACUUUUUUUUUUCUCCUUAUGUUUUCCUGAUCAUUCACCUGCCCAUAAAUAGUUGAGUUUAUGCAGUGUUGGUUUUUGCGGUGGAUUUGCAGUAUCCCUUUUAAGGAGUUCGCUCAGGCAUAAAAGUCUGUCUUUUUUUCCGUUGUUGUCGUUGUUGUUGUUGUUGUUGUUGUUGUUAUUGUUGAUCUUGCCGUUCCUGUUGAUGUUAUUGUUUUUGUUUAUGCACUUGUUUCUUUGUCUGUUUGCGUCGUUGGUGCUGAAUGAGCGUAUAAAUGAAUGUUUACAGAAAGGUUUAAAAAAAAAAGAAGAAAAAAAAACACACACACUAAAGAAGCACAGGCUCGGCUCCCUGCCCGCCCACUGUGGUCAGAGGCUUGGACCAGGAACGAACCAGCAAUAAUGUCGGUUUCCGCUCAGGCUGAAAAUAGGUUUGACCCGCUCAGGAGUGUCCAGCAGGCUGGACAGACAGACGCUCGGACAAGUCGGAGGUGCGGUUUAGUGAAAAGCAGCUUUCGAGAUCCUUUAUAUUUUUUAACUGAGAAUUCCAGAAUCUGAUGCUCAGGUAUUGAUUUGACCACAGUGUUCAGCGUAAUAGCAAUGAGUGACCACUAGGUGGCUGCAGACUUCUUGAUAUACAUAUAUAUUUUUACCCCCACAAUCCUUGCUGACAAGGAGAGAUGGUAUUUAAUUUUGCAUUGAGCCCAGUAAGGCUAAACUGACUUACUACUUAGUGAACUGUGUCAUACUUGUACUGCUGUCACAAAUUUGUAUGUUUUGUUUUUUCUAUCCAAGUGAAGGGAUACUGCAUCUUCCCCCAUAAACUUUAACUGCUAUCUAGCCUAUCCAUUUUAAUUAUUGUCUUUCAUUUUAUGGUGUAUGUAUUGAAGGUGUCAUUAGAUUGGCCAGUUGUUAAAAAUUAACUAGAUAAAAGUGAUAUCUUGUUCUUGUUUGUGAAGAGAUGUUGGCAAACGUGGCAUAGCUUAAGCUGUGAAAUGAAAUGCUUCAGCCCGUUUCGUAUGGUUUUCACGCUUUUGGACAGUUGCCGACAACGAGUUCCAGGUUUCCAGGCAACCAGAGUGCCAGAGGAAGAAGCAACCACCAGGAGAAGAGCAGUGCAGAACCAGUAUUGUUUCUGGACUUCUCAUCAUCUUGUCGUUACGUCUAAUGUCUUGAUAUCGGUCAAGCCGCCUGCCUGUUGUACAGCCACUUCACUAUAAAGGGGUGCAUUUCCCAAAUCCAUAGUUGCUAACUUGCUAACCUGUUAGCAACUCAGUCGGUUGGCAAUGGGAGAUUGCAUUGCAACCAACUUAGCAGCUAUGGUUUUUGAAAACAUGCCUCAGAUCAGCAGUGUCAGAACUGAGUUUUAGGGUCAAGUAGACCAAAUGCCAGUCAACUCAAAAGACAAGAUCAUUAAUUAUUAUGAUGUGUGGGGGAUUUGUUUUUCAUGAAACGGGCCCAUUGUGUUGAAUCAAACUUUUUCAUUUUGUUUACGUGUGAUCCACUUAAUAUUACACUAUUCUGAUCACCAGAAAUCAAAACUGUGGUGUUACG